AUGAUUCACACAAAUAACACCGUUUUCCAACCACCAAAAAGCUCACUGAUGGCCAUUUGGGACUUCUUACCUAAUCCAAAUACUUUCACAACGGAGGAAGGGAGGGUGUCGAGGCGUGAUUCCUCGUCGUACCCUGUAACCUCUUUCUCAUUCCAUCCGAAGAACCUUUUUUCAACGAUUAGUCUUACUUUUUCCAGAACAGUUCCUCCAACAGACGGCCUUGCGCUGAUUCAACCGAUAUCGAUCAAUACCACAAGUGUCGAAGGUAUUACUAUUGACUACAACGAUUAUGGCACCGACAUAGAACCAAAAGCCAUUGACCUUUCUGAUCCAUGUGUUCAAUACUUGGCAUUGGAAACUCAAGAUCUUUACCAAUAUCUAGAUUUCACAGCAAAAAUAAUUUUUCAAAUCAACGCUGAAGAGACCUUCUCGGUUGAUGUGUUCCGGAGGCUUUGUGAGGUGGAUAACGUCAUCGACAGAAUACUGAAAAGAUCUCAGUACAAACCGCAGACCAUUCCAUUCAUUACGAACUCAUUCAAUCUGCCUUUGUACUCAAACUGUCUUCGUCUGACGACGGCAAAUCGUUGUGAUGCGAUUAACUCUCAAGAUAUUGCUACGCUGCAAUCAGCAGUACGGAUAUGCCGCCAGGAUCCACUACAACCAGUGUGUAACCCAUUGAUUCAGCAAGUCAACAAUUAUCUCUUGCCAGGGAGCAUGAGUAACAAAAAGCGCCAUGUAGCUGUUCUUCUCAAAGUGGGUUUUUCAAGCUCUUGUUAUUACGAUUUUUAUAGAACGCUUCUUGAUGCUUUUGAAAAUCACUUUGUUGGUGAUAUUGUGCUGAAAGGGGCAUUUUUUAAUGAGAAAAAUGCCGAGUUUUUACAUGCGCUUCAAGAUGACACCAAAAUAGCAGCAGUAUCAGCCGUCUUGGUUCUUUUCUGCUUUCUUUUCUACUCACGCAGUUUCCUAUACACCUUUAUUAUACUGAUGAUAAUAUUCCUUUCAAUGGGAGUCGCCUUCUUCUUCUAUACGGUCAUCUUCCGUAUCGACUUUUUCCCAUCGCUGAAUAUGCUUGUUCUGGUUCUGAUGAUAGCCGUUGGUGCGGAUGACGCUUUUCUUCUCCUUGUUUACUACAGGAGGUUUAGGAAGGUGAGCAAGCAAGAGCCAUAUCAAGUUGGUGACCCGUACGUUCCGCUUUACAAAGAACGCGAUCGAGUGGUUCGAGCAGUUCGGAAUUCUCUAAGUCACUCACUUUCGUCAAUGUUCGUCACUUCAGCAACCACAGCUGUAGCUUUCGUCUCGAACAUCACCAGCGAAAUCAUUGUUAUCCGGUGCUUUGGUAUAUUUGCGUCUCUGACCAUGACGGCUAACUACAUUCUCGUAGUGCUGCUACUACCAAGCGCUAUGGUCCUAACUUGUUCGCGAAAACGCAGUCGUUUCGUCCCACACAUAGAUGUGGCCCCGAAACUUUCUCGGCUCCUCUACCGAAGCCGCUUCUUCGUUCUUUUAUUGGGUGUUGCCGCUACUAUAGCCGCUUCUAUUAUUAUAUUCGUAUCACCAGGAUUGAAUAUGCCACGAUACAAUCCCACAAAGUUGCUCAUCAGUUCCCAUCCUUAUGAAUGGUAUGACAACAAUGCACAUAUGUUCAACUUUGACUGGAAACGAAAAUGGAAACUCAUGGAAAACUAUGUGCUAGGUCAUACGUUUUUGCAGAACACUGUUGAUAUGCUGAUAAAACAGCGAGGCAAUCCCAAAUAUGUAUCAUGGGCAGCUCGAUUCCUAUCUUCGAACAGUUCCUGUAUGUUCUCUGAGAAAAAGCAAUCCAUACCAUCAUCGUGUUUUCUCGCAUACGCAGCUCACGACCCUCCAUCACCGUUUCCUGAAGAUUUCGCCGUAGAGCCAAUUCUAGUUUAUCCAUUCCCCCAAGUUUUCAUUAUCCUAUUUAUUCAUUUGAAGAUUAUGUGCCUAUCAUCAUCAGAAAUCACGAAAUAUUACGAUAUUAUCGCAACACUUUGGUCUUCAACGUUGUUCGCAGUGGCGAUCUCGGUCGCUGUAAGUUUGCUGGUCGUCAUCGUAUGCACGCGUCGUUUGAUUCUGUCAUUAGUGAGUACCGCCGUCAUUACAUGUGUCAUCCUUUCGACCACCGCCGUACUCAUACUUUUAGGGUGGGAGUUGAGUGUUGUGGAGUCGACAAUUAUUGUGCUCACCAUCGGCCUCAGCUUUGAUUUCACUCUUCAUUUUGCUGUCUCAUAUCGGGACGAAAGUGAAAAAGAGAUAGAAACACGGAUCAGUUUCUGUCUUUCUUCUGCUGGGAAAGCAUGUAUUCUCAGUGCCACCAGCUCUAUUCUCUGUGGAAUUCCUAUGCUGUUUGCAAGUACGGCUGCUUUCGCUCAAGUUGGCUGCAUGCUACUCACACUUGGACUAACGUCUUUGUGCGGCGCUACUAUACUAUUUCCAUCUGUGCUGAUGUGCAUGGAUGGCAUGAAGAGGAAUAGUAUCUACAGUGAACGAUUCUAG